AUGGUGUUAACAGUAUUACGAAUUAUUCUAUUAUUCCUGUGUAACAAUGCCGAUGCAUUUUCUGCGAGUAGUACAAAUAUUUUAGUGCAAAUUAUACCCGAGGAACUAAAACUGCUACAAGAAUCCUCUCAAGAUCCGAAAGUACGUCCUGGUUUAUUUCAAGGCGACAUGGCCAUGUCCAGUGAAAAUCUUGAUUACUGGCGGAUAGGCAUACGCUGGGAUAUCUUUCCUGAUAAGCUUUGGAAAAAUCGGACAGUUCCUUACGUUAUAAGUCCCUUGUACGGUACAUCCGAUUAUGUGACGAUAUACAAAGCCAUAACUUAUAUGAAUUACAUGACAUGUGUGAAAUUUAUACCUUGGAACGGCAUAGCACCGGAUUUCUUAUUGAUUUGGCCCAUUAAAUAUCCAAAAGGUUGCUGAUCCUUUGUCGGUAAAUUCGGCGGAGCACAAGUACUCUCCUUGCAACCACCAGAUGAGAAUGAACCUAAUUGCCUUGGUGACGAGGGAAAAGCAAUUCACGAAUUGAUACACGCAUUAAGAAUAUUUCAUGAGCAGAGUCGAGCUGAUAAAGAUGCAUUCGUCAAAGUGCAUUUAGAGAAUAUAAUUCCUCAAUUUCGCAUCAACUUUAAUAAGCAGUCAUUGGAGAACACGGCAUACAGCUAUGAGUAUGAUUACAAAAAUAUUAUGCAUUACGGAUGGAAUUUCUUCAGUGUAAAUCCAAAGAAGCCAACAUUGACACCAACAAUGUAAAAAAAAAUACUGGGUCAAAGAAAAGCUAUGACUAAAACGGAUUGUUUGAAAGUAAAUGAUUUGUACGGAUGUCUAAAAAAGCCAGGCCAGGCACGCAGGUAUUACAAUAUCUGCAAGACACGUGGUUUGUAAAUAUUUAUGAAUGACAUUAAAAAGAUAUUAA